AUGAUUGCUACUUUAGUUGACGUCGGCGGUUCGUUAGCCAUAGCCGCCAAAGGGAUGCAUUCCACCGGACUCACCACCGACAUAAGUGUUUCUUAUGUCGACGUGGCUAAGGCCGACGAUAUUUUACUAAUGAAAUCAGAGUGUUUAAAGAUUGGCAAAACUUUGGCUUUCACGACAGUGGAUCUAUACAAUAAGAAAGACAAUAGAUUGAUUGCUCAAGGCAGGCAUACGAAAUUUCUGAGAAUCGCUCACAAAGAUCCCCUUAACGAAUUUAAGCUCGUCAAGAACGAACGAACGUCGUCCGGUGGUGAAGGUG